AUGGCACACACCCCCAGGAACCUCGACUCUCUCCCUUAUGAUGUCCUGUAUCAGAUUGCCGAUGACUUGGACUGCCAGGAUUUUGCCAAUCUUGCGCGAGUCAACAGGGCCAUUAACAGAUCCUUGCGGGAUGAGCGUCUGGCGAAGCGAUCGGUGGAACGCUACAUUUCACAUACAAAGGAAGGUCGCCUGGCCAUCAGUGGCAAAAUCCCAUUUCGAGAAGCCAUCGAUCGUCUCUACGAAAUCAGGGAGGCCGUGGCUUUGGCACGACCUUACUCGGCAGCAAUUUUGUCGUAUACUACCCCUUUCACCUUUCUCUACCGGGAAGGAGUUCUCUGCUAUCUCUACAACGAUGACAUACGGGUGUUGGACGUUCACCAGGCGGAAGAGGUGGAACAUGUCUUGAAUACCACCAACAUCCUCGUUAGAAUCAUUCCCGGGCUUCGGGCGGACAACAUAUAUGCCAAUGCCGUUCAACUCUCACUCCUUCAUUACAGUGCCGGGUUCCUCGCGAUCCUCGUGGAGAUUCAAGGAGGACAGGAUCCUUGGCUGAUCGUGCUUGACGUGACGCCACAGGGCCAUAAGCAUGGUAGGGUCCGUCUCCGCACGCAGAUCCGGUCUAGUCGGAGACUCUUCGUCCGCCAUAACGGGUCUUAUUUAUUUUAUGGCACCCAUUCUGCUAUUGGCCACCAUGGGUAUCACCAGUGGGCCAUUGAAGUGGUAGACUUGAAGAAUGGCAAGCCUCUAACCCGAAAACCAAUCGUCCUGGAGAAUUUUGCAGGCAAUGAUAUCGGGCAAUCAGUCUGCUUUGAGAUCUUCCAGGACCACCUUUAUGCGGUCUCCAGUCAGGUGUCUUUCGAAGAGGAAGAAGUAGACUGGACGUCGUUCUAUAUGUGGGCAUGCUUGCCGCCAACGGGACAUGUGGGCAGACCCCGGUUGAACCGGAUCUGGCGUCGUCAGCACCGAGAAGGCCCCAUCAACGACACCUGGACGGACAUGUCGCUCCGGCAAGACGAGGCGACCGGGGAACUCAUGAUCUUCGAAUGUCGACGGGAGUGGCGAAAUGGUGGCAGCGACAAUAUCCGGACUUACUACCGUCACCCCCUUCCGUUUCCUGCUGAGGCUGUCACGUUAACAUGGGCAUCAUCCUCACCACCGUCGUCCUCUUCCUCAACUGGAGUUAGCUCAGGUCCAAGCGCGCCCUUGCCCUCGAAUAUAAUGCUACCGAAUGAGCGAUUGACCACGACCCUAGAUGAGGACAGCAAGCCCAAUUACGCCCCACCAGAGCUACGACUCCCCAGGUACGUGCAUCCAGAAUACAGCCUAGAAGACGCUGCCUCCCAGAGACGAGAUUUCAUCCUGGCCAAAACCAAGUACCGCACUUACAAUCCCUCUGCCUCUGCGUUUCUGGAUCUCGUCAACGACCCACUCCAGAACUCCCAGGUCGCAAUCCCACCGGACCGAUUGCGAGUCCGCAUCAGUUCACGUAAGCGAAAGUGCCCGUUUGAUGAGGAAGGGAGGCUGAUCCCCCGGGACGUUUCGUCAUCGGGAGAGCCUAUUCCGUUGAGCGAAGAGCGGUUCGUCUCCAGGGGUACGAAGUUGUGGCCUCCGGAUGACGCACCCGAGGAUGUCUUUGACCUUCUUUGUCCAUCAAAAACGGCGGCUGGGGUUCAUGCCGAGGCGGACGAACGGUCCCUCAUCUAUGCAGUCAAUAUGGGAGAAGGCGAAAAACGAGCGAUCGUGUUGAUCAGUUUCGAUCCGAAGAUCCGGAUCCCCUCUAUGCGACGUCUGGGCAAGGUCAACUCUGAAAAGAGCAAGACCCCAGUUGAUAUAGAGCAGCCUCGAGUAGGAGAAGUCAAGGGGAAGUCAAGAAGCGUUGUCCUGGGGCAAGAUGGGCCAAGUCCGACGCCCAAGCCAUCGUUCCGGACGGAGAAAGCGAUGCACCUGACCAUUAAUCGGGGAUACUGGUUUGGCUAG